UUCCGUCGUCCGUCGCGGCGGUGCGAUUCGUCGCUCCUCCCAUGGUUCAGCCUCCAGCGAAUGUGGACCGUCUGAUCGUAAGGCUUUCAAUCCUGUGCGUCCAUCGCCCCCGUCGAGCUCCCUUCCCUCCGCUCGCCCGCGACCCCGCCUCUGCCCCCACCGCCGCUGCCAGACCGCAGAACGCAGGCGCCGUCCCACCACCACCUCCUCUCCUCCUCGCCUAAUCUGCCUGCUCCGCCGCUCGCCGCACCCCGACGUCGGAUGCUUGGCCGCACUCCAAGGUCGAGGCCAUCCGCUGCGCCGCUCGCCCGCCCGCGUCGUGAACCCCCCGUCGCGUCCCCGCCGCUGCUCCCCUACCCACCGCUCCGCUGCAAGCCACGCUGCUCGGCCCUCCUCAACCCCUUCACGCGCGUCAACUUCACCGCCAAGAUCUGGAUCUUCCCUACCUCUCGCUCCGCCCCGACGCCCUCCACCUCCUGACCCCCGGCCCCUCGCUCUCCAUCGCACCACCGCUGCCGCCGCCCUCCCCAGCAUGGAGAACUGCCCGCUCGGAUCCUCCUCCUCAUCCCCUAGGGGAGGAGGCUCCUACUUCGCCGUCUCCUCCUCAUCCUCCACGGCAGCCGACUGCACCGAGAUCCUCUGCCAGAGCGCAUCCUCCCAUGGAACUCGCCUUAAUGCGGCUCGAACUUCGAUUCCGAAUCUUCCUCCGAGUUGAUUUGCCCUUUCAUGAACUCCGACUCCGGUGACUUCGCCUCCCGGAGUCCUGCUCCACCGCCCGAGCCUCACCCGCCUCUCUCUCCUUCAGAUGCGAAGCCACAACCUCACCAGAGAGCUCAUUUUACACAUCAGAAAUGAACUGGAGGAGGGAAGUCUGCCUGCAGAUGAUGCUAGCAGCCUGGAGGAGCUCUAUUACAAUUACAAGAAUGCUGUAAAAACUGGGUUUGAUCUUUGUAGCAUUUUUAAUGUACUAUUGUCAGAUUGUUGUAGCUCAUGCCUUGCAAUAUUUUGUUAUCAGGUUGCACAAACUGGAGAUGCAAAUGCAUAUGAGAUCAUGCUUUCAAAUAUGAUGUACAGGAACUCCUACAUUUGCAACAUUUCCCUUUUCCAUGACAUGGAAGAGAAGCUCCGCCAGCAGGACCACAAUGUUGUUUUGAUGUCAAACCAUCAGACAGAAGCAGAUCCAGCAAUUAUCGCCUUGCUGCUUGAAAAAAGCAAUCCGUGGAUUAGUGAAAACAUAGUAAGGCCAUUCUUUUUAGUAUAAACUGUUGAGCCAGUCAAAAUAGUUUAAAUUGUGACCUAACUAGGUUUGUGUUGCGGGCGAUAGGGUUGUUGCUGAUCCGCUUUGGAAGCCAUUUACCAUAGGAAGGUCUUUUCUUCACCCAGAAACUUUGUGAUAUGUGAUAAUGUUACUUUCAGCUUUCUUUCACUUCCAUCAAUUUUUCACUUAAGCAUUUUUUUAACAACCUCAUGCCUGGUGCAUCAAGUUGUAGAACUAACAAAAUGCAUUUUUUCCCCUCAAGAACCUGAUUUGCAAGUACUCAAAAAAGCAUAUGAAUCUGAACAUGGUUCAAAACAUAAUUGAUGCUUGUGAAUCUACAUAAUCUAUGCUUGUGAAUCUGCGUACUUGUCUAAGAUUCACUGGUGAAUUUGAUGGCACUGUUCAACUUCAACUGUGUUGUGCCUAACGAGGGCACAUUUUUCGUCUUCGGCUCCUGGGUUUGCGUCGCCAACGGCUCAGGUGGCUUCAACAGCCACCUAGCCGACCCCGGGGAGUAGGAGGCACUGAGGGCGAAGCAGAAAAGCGAUCUAGAUGAGUUCAUCUACAACCUCGAUGAUAUGCUGCUCCCUGAUCUUGCCUUAGAGACCGAGAAGCAGUUCAUUUUCGACGCGACUCCAAUUUGGUCUGCACCAGCCUUCCUCGGAUUGGAUUCAUUCCAAUCUGAGAAAACCUGCACCCAAUUCCACUUUGGGCUAUGUAACACAACUUCUGUCUACCAAGAUGCCAUUCAGUCCGAGUUCCUCUCCUCCUUGGAGAAGGACUUGGAUCAUCUGCUCAAGCUCGAAGAAGAGGACACCACCGCCUAUCAGGAGGCGCGUCUUAGACAAGUACUCAGAUCCAGAGGAGGAAGCCGAAACCUUUUUGCGCAACCAUAUGGAUCUCACCAUCACCUCGAUGCCACAAGGCCGGUUCGUGACUGGAAGGGCUUUGAGCCCCUGGAAGUACUCAAUCACUCCCGCCUCAUGGCCCACGUCCCAGAUUUGCCUUAUCAACAAGGUAGACCCUCCAACCAAUAGGAGACCCUAUCUUGAUCGAUGAUGACAACAACCAAGACGCUUGCUCCCCAGAAAGGCAUGUGUUCAUGGCAAUCAUCAACGAGCAGUAUGCCAAUGAACUACCCGAUCAGAUCUCCGCUAACGAGCUGAUGACAAACACCCUGCAAGAUGAGAACGACGCUAGGAUGGCUGCUCAGAGAGCCAGGAACGCCAAGCGAGUAGAGCGCAGGGCGAAUGCUGCUGAUCACACGUGCGAUGCUCACCCUAUCCUCCGUAAUCUCCAAGGUGCAUUUGCGGCAGAGGACAAACGCAUGUUCAACUCUCCCAUUGUGAACAUCGCGGAGGCCACAUUACUCCUCCAGCAGGCAGCAGCUCCCUUGAAACCCGGAGGCCGAGCGAGCAAUUCUGCUCACCAGGCAGGCUAUGAUCCAGCUGAAUCAAAUUGAUCCAUUGCCGUCCCUCUAUCGUACUCCCUCGCAAACCGGAUGGAUAUAUUUAGUAAGAGAAAAGCAUUGAGAACAACUCCAAGAGAUUCUCCAUAUCUUUCUCAUUGUUAGGAAUUGCGAUUUUGAUGGAAAAA